CCUUUAUUUUUGUAGUGCUUGCCGGAAGUCUGUCGGUAGUGUUAUUGACUUUCAACUUGACGAGGUUUGAGUGAGGGGGCGUCUAGUUCUAAACAGGAAGAUGCGGUAGAAAAACACCUGAGGGAUGAAGUUUUUCUCCGCAGGAGAAUGUUGCUUUCCGCUCGCCGACUCUAAUUCAUCACCGGCAAUCGUUAUCCACUACUUCGGCUUGGAGUCGAAGCUUCGAGCCUCGUCUGCCCGACAGCAACGACAGCAACUGUCCAUGGAUUGACGCAGCGCAGGGAGGAUGCUACUCUAAUUGCUAUCACGCUAGGCCAACGUCCACAAACUUGUAAAAACUUCAGCGACAGCACCAGGGAGUUAGCCGUGAAGGUCGGCGCUGUCUUCAUUAGUCUACAUUGUAGCUGGUCACUGUUCGACAUGAGGGCAGCAGAGCUUCAGAGGUAGAAUGUAUCUCCCUUCAGUUUUCCACAACAACAACAACAACACAAGGCAUGCCAACAAUUAGCAUGGAAGAUCUCUGAUCUCUUCAGGAAUCCACAAUUUCUACAGAAGUGGAACAAAUGAACGGCAUGGAUCCGUCCAUCACCCUAUGGCAGUUUCUUCUCCACCUACUGGAGGACCAGCGUCAGCGUCACCUCAUCUCCUGGACCGGAGAGGACGGAGAGUUUAAACUGCUGGACGCUAAAGAGGUGGCUCGACUGUGGGGGCUGCGUAAGAACAAGAACAACAUGGACUACAAUAAAUUAAGCCGAGCACUAAGAUAUUACUAUGACAAGAACAUCAUAAAGAAAGUGAGCGGGCAGAACUUUGUUUAUAAGUUUGUGAGUCAACCUGACCCAUCCCAACUUGAGGGCAUGAGAAACGGCGACGAAGGUCAAAGGCAGGACGACACUGAGCCUUGCAGCCAAGCGAUAUAUCCCGGGGGCACGGCUUCGGCAGGUCGGGCAAAAGCCUUACCACAGCGCUCGUCCUCCAACAGCUCUCAGAAAAGUUCCAGAAAUGACUACAUGAAGUCUGGACUUUACUCCACCUUCACCAUCCAUUCACUGCAGGCCACGCCGAGCACAGCCGGUCCCCGAUGUCCCCCGACCAGAGCUGAGCCACCAGAAAUUCUUCAGGUGGCUUUAAUGUCCAAGUCCUCAUCAGUAUGUGGUGCUCUCGAUUCUUCUCUUCAGGUUAUGGUCACUCAGUCUUCUCCGUCUGUAACCCCGGUGCUCAGUCCUCAGAUUCCCACCAAAGACAGCAGCCAGUCCCAAAAUCCACCUGUCCCUGCUGCACACCUGAGUGACUCGCCACAGAUCUAUCUCACCAGUGUCGGAGAACAGUCCUCCCUUAUUCCACUGUCUUCUGUGGGAGGAGGGUCACCCAGUACCCAGCAAGAAUCCGCUGCUCAUCAAACUCACCCACCUCAUGUCUUUGUUAUCAUAAACCCUCCUCCUCGGCAGCAGCAGCAGCAACAACAGCAGCAACAACAGCAGCAGGCAGCCUUGAUCCCUGCCUCUGCUACCUCCGUGGUCUCCCGUCUUCUACCCUCUGUUCCUCCUCCUUCCCCUCCAGCACCUCCCGCCACUCCUCCUCCUCCUCCUCCUCCUGUGACUCCCUGCCCGCUUCUCUCAAUGGCCGCCUCCCGUCCCGUGGCGUCUCUUCCUCCUCCCACAGUCGAAGUUCCUCCUCGGUCUGAUUCGAGUCCUCUUCCCGCCGCAGCUCUUCCUCCUCUCUCGUCUGUAGUUUCCCCCUCGCAGUUCCCCGUGGCUCCGCUCUCCUCCAUCGUCAUAAAGGAGGAGAACCUGCUGUCAAAGGAGCUGCUGGACAUGGUUACUCUUGAUGAAAAUCAAGUCAAUAGGAGUCCUGCUGCUGCUUCUCUUCGUCCUCCUCCGUUAAGUGAGCCUCCACAAAUCUAUCUGACCAGUGUUGGAGAUCCGGCCUCCCUUACCACACUGCUCCCAGUGCCUCCCGUCAGAGGUCCGGGGAGUCCCUCCCCUCCACCUCACAUCUCUGCUGGGAUUGUAAGGUCGCAGAAGGACGUGUGCAGCACAGUCUCCUCCUCCUCCUCUUUAACAAAUGUACCAGAGUCGGCUUCUCACCCGUCUCACCAACCACAAGUCUUUCUUAUUAUCAACCACCCUUCCUCUCAACAUCAGCAACAACAACAACAGCAGCAGCAGCAGCAGGUAGCCGUGACUUCCGCCGUGACUUCUCCUCCUGCCGUGGCUCCAUCUAUUUCUGUUCGUCCUUCCAUUGUCAUUAAGGAAGAAAUGAAUUCAGAGCAGGAGCUGCUGGAGAUGGUGUCCCUCGAAGAGAAACGUGUCGACGAGGUUCCUCAGCUGAUUUGCGACGACUCUGAGCAACGCCUCACCAUUGUGGAAAACCCUGUCAGUCUGGAACAUGGGGUCAAAGGGAAGCAAGUUCUAACGUGGGAGCAAAGGAGGGACACACUGACGGAUCCAUCUGUCUCUCUGGUGACCUCCAGCUCAGCAUUGGUCACUGUUACCGCUUCAGUGACAACCUCUUCCUCGUCCUCAGCUCCUCCAAGACCAAAGAAACCACGGGGACUGGAGCUGCCCUCCUCUCCAUCUCUCCCCGCUGGUCUCUCUAUGGAUAAGGUAAAUGCUGCAGUCAACAGUCUUCUGGCUCCGGGAUCAGCUACCAACACUUUAACACCGACCGUCAUCCCCUCGCAUGCUUUGACUCCGGUCCUGUUGACUCCCAGUCCUCUGCCCUCCACCAUACACUUCUGGAGUACGCUCAGUCCCAUUGCUCCUCGAUCUCCAGCCAAACUCUCUUUCCAGUUUCCGUCUAACGCCAGUAACCACAUCCCCAUCCCAGCUUUGAGUGUGGACGGUCUGUCUACUCCUGUUGUUCUGUCUCCUGGUCCUCAAAAACCCUGAACACCAGGACUUGGACUCACCUUAUGGUUCAUCUCUCUCUGGAAGCACAGAGAUAAACUGUAACUGUGCCUGGACGUAUUCUGAUGUGAAUCCCAGUCCUCCAUCUAUAAUGAUGUUGUUGGAUGUAUCAGAGGAUUCUUCUCCAGGAUCAUUGUCUUAUUCCGGAACAUUCAGAUGGGGUUUCAGGAGGACGGCAUUUGAUUAUCCAUAAUGGACAAAAUCAGAUGAACUUUUAUCCUGAUUCUUUUUUUUUUUGGGCAUUUCUCGUUUAAUUUCUUUUGUGAAUUCCUUCAUAAUUGGAAAAAGGUCAGGAGGAUGAAGAGCAGUCAUUUUUUUAACAGAGUUUUUUUUUUUUUUUCCCCCCUCAGUCCAUGUGUUACAAUGUGACGUCUGUCGAGCUAAUACUGUACCUUUGUCGUGAUUCCCUGCGUUGCUGUCCUUGUUCACAUUCCUGACUUUUUUAUUGUCUCGUUUUUUUUUUGGUUUUUUUUUUUCAUAAAGCAGCUCUGAUAGGUGAUUAUAAUUUGUUCCUCAGUAUCUCCGAUUCGUGGCCUUUCUGAUCUGCAGCGAUCAAGUUGUGAGAGAAACAAAAAAAAAUCAUUUUGUUGUUGUUGUUGUUACCUGCAGAUGAUUGAAGAGGAUGCACAAGGUAGGUUUAGAUUUUUGUUUUAGGAACAAGAGAGGAACUAAAUUUCAAAAUACAUCAAAUGCAUAUCCAUAUCCUUUCACUGUUAGCACUUUUAUAUAAUCAACAUCUGCCAUGGUGCGGUUAGCCGCUCGAACACUGCUAGCAACACCUAAGCUACAGUAGCAUAAUUAGUAAUAAUAAUUAGUUAUUAAGCCUCACCGCAAGCACCUGUGCAACUAUAGCCAUCCUGACUAAUUAACCACUGCUGUUGUGCUCAGUUUUUGCUGCGCUGGUCACAAUUAGCAGUUAGCAUUUCCCCGCACCAUUAAACUCUCUCACAUCGCUACUACAGUAAAAAGCAGUUAGUAAAAGUUAAACGUGUCACUUUACAAGAUUGGAAGUCGUAUAAGUACAUUGUUUACAUUACAUUGUUCAGAUUUCUUCUUCAAACAACUUCUUUUUGAUAAAAUAAAAAUAUAUAUUUGCAUUUGCAAUUGAAUGUAUAUUUAGCUAUUUGGUUAGAGAGGGUUUUUUUUUUUUUUUUUUUCUGUCCUCUUUACAGCAAGGAUGUCUUUGUAAGCCCGGGUGUAUUGUUAAACGUGAACUAAAAGUCUUCACAAAAACAGUAGCAGGAGGGAGAACUGCUGGAAAAAACAAAGUUUUAUUUGUAUGAAAUCGCCAAGUGAGCAAUGAGCUUAUUACCUGUUGUCUUCGGGGCAGACUGUUAUUUGUGACGCUAGCUGUGUUUGUAAUGCUAACUCGACCUGACCUGCGCAUGAUUGUUGACUCUGAUUGUUGGAAAUGAUGCCAUUUUGUGCAGUGAUUUGUGUAAAAAAAAAAUUGACACACACACACACACACAAAACUCAAUCAUGCCAUCAUGUUUGGAUUAUUCUGUUAAAUCAAUCUGUAAAGCUGUUUCCCCCGGGGAUGAUUCCUUUUUGGGUCAGCGUGAAAGGUGGACGUGAACUGUGGCAGACACCAAAAAAAUCCACUCUCUGGUCGGGCGGUCGGUCUCAAUAUCUUGACAUAUUCUUAGACUGCUCUCCAUUGAGCCCAGGAAUGACUUGUUUUCGGUGAAAACUCUUUAUCUACUUUAAUGUUAUCUCAAUUGUAAGGCUGCACAUUAGGGUAGGAGCAAGUGACGACAACUCACAGUGAGAAUGUCACUGCCGUUCAUCCUGACCCGUGUCGUUUUGUGUAGAGUUUAUAUAGGUUUUCAUUCGGUGGCAUUGAACGCUUGAAAGCUUCAGUCACAACCAUCAUGUUGAGGGUCACAUGAGAAGCAUUUUAGACCUGGGGGGCCGUAUGUGGCCCGUUCUGCCUUUUUAAUCCGGCCCGCCAAACUUUAUAAAUUAUAUAAUUUAUUUCUAUUAUUAUCAUUAUACUUCUGCCUUUUUCCCUGCAACGCCUACGUUUCCCCAAUAGGUGGUGUAGAAACCGAUAAGAGUAUUUUAGCCUUUGUGCAUGACUUUUAAAUGUCGUUUAUCUUAGUUCAUACGAACGCUCCAUCUAUCUAUCUAUCCGCUCCUGAACCCGGCCAUUCCAUUCUAUUUUCGGACAAUUGAGGCCCCCGCGAGUCAAAGAGCUCGCCGACGCCUGUCCUACACUAACGAACAAAACAUCAUUCCAAGUUAUUCCGAUCUUUUGAUAAUAACGUCACGUCCUGUAGGUUAGAGUGCGCAGCCCUGUUUCCGCCUUGGUGCAGCUGGAAGCCAUCAUAUUGGACUGUUGCUAAAGCAUGAUUCUAUUUUUCUAUCAGUGAACUAUUUUUUUAGUCAAAAGUUCUGACGAGAGGAAAAGCCUUACGCGGAUUUACGUCGAAACAGAUGUCACCGACGUCCAAGAAAGAUAUAACUUAUGUAACUGCUCAAUCUUGUUUUAAAUCUGCAUGAUGUUUAAAAAAAAAAAAGCCAUUUAUUGCCAUUUUUCCUUUCACCAGCAGUUUUACACAUUUUUAUACACUGCAGUUGUAGUGGUGACUUUUAGGUAAAGUGGUGAUCUGUCGCCCCCUGUAGGGGGAAACUGUAAAUGAACCAGAUGUUAAAAUGUAUGUUAUGCCCUUUGUGACAACACUCAUCUUCUGGACUGUGUGCUGAAGCGCAUACCUCACUUUCACUACACCCAUCCUCCUGUUUGGAGGAAUAUGUCCCGACUUCAACGGGUCGUGUGUUCAUCCAAAGAGGGCGUGGUUUGCGUUGUUUAAUGGCUGCAGCUGAUGAAAACUGCAGGCAAUGUUUACAAGAAAUGCUAAUAUUUUUUUAUGACAUUCAAUCAGAAGAACUGACCAGUGAUGAUGUAAAAUACAUGUAGAACCGUUAGAUAAAAUGGUGUUUCAAAUUCAUUCAGGUAAUUCGGUGGUUCCCAAACUUUCACCCCCCUUUGGUUCACAAGAACAUUUUUAACACCACCCCCCAAAAAAAAAAAAAAAAAACAUGUAAAGAACCUGUGGCCUUUUCUUAGGUUACACCUGAGACCUUGACUUUCAAAAAGAUUUUGGAGUCCCUUUUUGCUCAAUCGGUUCUACGCUUAUUUGGGGCAAAAUGUCACCGCACAAAACGUGUUUCUAUACGUACAGUAGAUACUGAAAGCUUCUCUAUAUUGACCAUAAUUUCUGUCCGUUAUGUGUUAUGUACAUUUGUCAGUGGUCAUCGUCAUUGCUGCUGUCAAAUAUAGCACGGCUCCCCCCUCCCUUCUUGCCUCUAAUAGGCGGAUGAGUUUAUUGUUGGAGGGGCUGGGACCUGCUUUUAUUUUUUGAGACAGAGCUUGACGUGUCCGCGUGUAAUCCUACUGGAAGAAUUCAAACUAUUUUUAUGGUGUAAAUGUUCUCGUUUUCUACUAGCUCUCAGUGGGUACAACAAUAAAACUACGUUGUUCUGAA